GAACAGCCCAGACAUUGCGCAGGAUACAGUAUAGCUGGGGAACGGCGAGAGAGUUACGGUAGUUUUCCAAGCACUUGAUUUGGUUUAGUGCAUGAAAAAAAUGACUCUGUGGAAAAAGCUCAUGUGUUAGGGCAGGGUUUUGUCGGAAUAACGCAAACAUGGAUGAAGUUGGUAAACGUAAGUAACCUGGGAAAAUGUAUGGCUGUUUAGUGCAGUCAACAGUAGGCAACAAAUAUGGCUUCGUGUGCCUUUUCCUAUUUGUUAUCAAAAAUUGCUGUCCCAUGCCAUUCGAUGUCAUGGCUGUUCUGCUGAAUUCAUACAAGUGACAAUUAGGAAGUUAGUUCCUUGUUCGCUUAUCGGGCAGGGGGGGUCAUUUUGGAGAAAUAAAGCAAAGGAUACGUUAGCUAACCAGUCUGCUAACGUUAGCUAGUUAGCUACCGAACUAAAGCGAACGGCAAUGGAGCCAAAGCACAAAGAGUUGUUAGACCAAUGCCACCAAAACUUGCUGGACUCAAUAACUGACGCAGACCGGCUGAUAGAGUUGCUGAUACUCUCCGGUACUCUAAGCCAGCUCGACCGCUUCGAACUGGACCAAAACUGCUCUUCCAGCGCGGAGAAAGUGGACCAGCUUUUGAAGAUGCUUGUGAACAAGGAAAGCGACCAUUUCCUCGAACUGUGUGUGGCCUUGGAGAAGACGUACCCUGACCUGUAUUCUGCACUCUUUACUAACCGCGGUGGACCCGUUGACCAUUCGUCUGGCUCUACAUACAGUGUUCUCUCCACCAUGCCCUCAGACUCUGAGAGUAGCAGCUCCCUAAGCAGUGUUGGUUCACCCCCCGGUACCGGUAAUGGCUCAGCCUCGUCUCCGCCCCCAGCCCUCAACGACACCAUCCUGUUCCAGCUGCGCCAGGUGACCCGUGAGAGGGACGAGCUCCGCAAGCGCCUGGCACUGGCAUCACCCGGCACCACCUUCGACGACUGCAGGCCAAAUUCCAAAGCCAGCCAUGAUUACGAGCGUCUGAAAAACCAGUGUAUGGGGGCCAUGGCAGAUCUCCAGACUCUACAAAACCAACACACCAAGACUCUGAAGAGAUGUGAGGAGGCCGUCAAGGAGGCUGACUUCUACCAUAUGCUCCACAGCCGUGUGUUAGGAGACCAGUCUCAGCUGAAGGAGGAGCUGGAGGUGUUGAGGAGAGACCACGCUCAGCUGGUCAGGGAACACAACCACCUGAAGCAGAGCUGUGAGGAGCUCCGCAGGAUGCACAGUGACGGCCAGAAGGAGGUGGCUGACAUGAGGCUGCAGCAGCAAGAGGUGAUGAGAGAGAACGGUUCCUCAGAGGUUCUCAACAAACUGUACGACACAGCCAUUGACAAGCUGGAGGGGGUGAGGAAGGAAUACGAUUCGCUGAGCAAACGCUACGGUGAGAAAGUUGCCAAUCACAACACGGACCUGAGCAGGCUGGAGCAGGCGGAGGAAGAGAACCGACGACUACAGAAACAGAUGGACACGUUGCUGAAACAACGAGACAAGGCCAUACACUACCAACAACAUUGCUCUACGUCCAUGAGGAGGUUUGACUCUGUACAACAGGAGCUGGACAAGUCUUCAGGCCAGAACAAGGUGCUGCAGCGGGAGAUGGAGCGGCUGCAGUCGGAGGUGACACGCUGUAAGAACUUCCAGCUGAAGGCAGUAAAGGACUGUGAGAAGUUCAAGGAGGAGAGAGACUCUGUGUUCAACGAGUACAGGCUCAUCAUGAGUGAGAGGGACCAGGUGAUCAAGGAGCUGGAAAAGCUGCAGAUGGCGCUGGAGGCUGCAGAGGCCCGCCUCAAAAACACCUCUUCUGAAAGGAUGGUGGCCAGCGAGGAGACGGAGGCUCUCAGACAGGAACUGAACUCAUCGUUGGUGGACCGGGACAGAGCAAUCUGUGAGAGGAACGAGCUGUUGGAGAAGUACUGCCACGAGGUGAAGGACAAGGCUGAGGCCCAGAAGGAGUUGAGCCAGGCCUGUAAAGACAUCGAGACGGUCCGGGAGGAGAGAGACGUGGCCCGCAAGGAGAGGACAGAGGCUAUCAUACAGAAAGAACAGCUACUGAGAGAAUACUACCAGGCUAGACAGAAACAAGAUUCUGCCACCCUGGACAUAGAGCGUGUCAACAAGGAGAUGGAGGUGUUGAGGAAGCAGUACGAAGCCAUGUCCCAGGAGCUGAAGGAGGCCACGCAGGAGGCUGAGGUGGCCAAGUGUCGACGUGACUGGGCCUUUCAGGAGAGAGACAAAAUAGUGGCAGAGAGAGAGAGCAUACGGACGCUGUGUGAUAACCUGCGUAGAGAGAGGGACCGGGCAGUCAGCGAUCUGGCCGACGCCCUGCGUAACCUUGACGACAUGAGGAAGCAGAAGAACGACUCGUCACGGGAACUGAAAGAAUUCAAAGAGAAGAUGGAGAGCCAGCUGGACAAGGAGGCAAGGUUCUGUCAGCUGAUGGCACACAGCUCCCAUGACUCUGCUAUCGACACAGACUCUCUGGAGUGGGAGACUGAGGUGGUGGAGUUUGAGAAGGACAGGGAUGACAUGGAUUUGAAGGCACUUGGGUUUGACAUAGCAGAAGGGGUAAAUGAUCCGUAUUUACCAGGAGAUUGUGGAAUAUUUGUAACAAGAGUUGACAGAGGAAGUAUUGCAGAUGGAAGGUUAAGAGUGAACGAUUGGCUGCUGAAGUUAAAUGAUGUGAAUUUGACCAAUAAGGACAGGAAGCAGGUGGUGAACGCGGUGCUUAAUGGAGGCGGACUGAUCAACAUGGUGGUGCGCAGGAGGAAGUCCCUGGGAGGGAGGCUGGUCACCCCCAUACACAUCAACCUAAUCGGACACAAAGACAGCGGUAUAGGUCUGGAGAGUGGCGUGUUUGUGACGGCUCUGGUCCAGGGGAGUCCUGCUGCCAGGGAGGGAUCUCUGACAGUCGGAGACAGACUUAUUGCUAUCAACGGCAUCGCUCUGGACAACAAGUCGGUGACGGAGUGCGAGACUCUGCUGAGGAACUGUAGGGACUCUCUAAGCCUCUCUCUCAUGAAGUUCUUUCCUCACAGUUCGUCGAGACAGAGCAUCUUCGAGAGCCUGCGGGAGUCAUCGUCCAACGGCCGUCUCUCCGAGGUACUCUCCAGGAACAGCCUCAAACACAACAGCUCCACGCAGACAGACAUCUUCUGCCCCGACACAGGAGGGGGGGGUAGUAACGUCAACAUCCCUGGAGAGAGGAGGAAGGGUGGGGCAGGUGAACCUGAGGAGGGGAUGGGGGUGUACGGGGACAUCAGGAAGCCCUUUUCCAUGGUGUCUCUCCACUCAACCAGCCUUCGGCCGUCCUCUGACCUCGGCCUGGGUCCCCCGGGCCGCUACGGCCCCAGCGCCUUCCAGGAGUGCUGCUCUGGGUCCCCCUAUGCCAAUGCACCCCCACCCCCCAUCACCUAUGACCCCUCUAAACCUGCCGACUGCAUCACCAUGGAGACCACCCUGGAGAGGAAGCAAAGUGGUGGCACCUGGCCCAAGGUGAUCGUAGGUGGGAUGUCCGUCGCCGUGGAUACGACCACAGCGAUGACUCCGACCCAACUGUCCAUCUUCAAGUCACCCAAACAGAGGAAGUCUAUCUUCAACCCGGAUGCCUUCAAACCACGGCCUGAGACGGCACCCCAGUCUUCCAAGAUGGAGUUCCUGUCGUCCAGUCAGUUGGUGGCCCACUCCCCGCAGCCCUCCAAGAUGGAGUCUCUCUCCUCCUCCUCUACGGCCACACCCACACCUCCGACUCCGCCCACCCGCAAUGAUUCGUUCAAAUUCAAACACAAACAGCAGUGCAGCUCUGCUUCCGACUGCACGCUUACCUCCGACGGGGGCAAAGGGGAGGCUGUUGCCAUGGUUAUGGGGGAGAGCAGUGGGGAACGAGAGAGGGACAGGAACGGGAACCACUACUUCCUGGACGGGAAGGUCUUGACACAGAGGAAGUCAUGUGACGAGGACAUUGGUCGAACCCGGGGUGAGGAGCCUGAGGUAAAGAGGCCCCGCCCUAAAUCUGCCCCAGCGCUCAGACGUAGGAUGACCCCCCAGUCCAUCACCCUGCCCUCCUUCCAGAGCUACUCCAAUGAUGAUCACUCUCCAGAGCCCAGAGAGAUGCUUCGCUCCUCCCCCAACCGCUUCCACAGACAGAGUGUGGGCUUCGGCUCCACAGUCUACAACGGUACCUUGUCUGCAAAUUCGGCCCAUCGUGGCCUGGCCCCGUGUCCAGCAGUGACUGCUGUGAUGAGGAACCCAGUAUACACAGUCCGCAGCCACAGAGUCCACACCAACAACUGUCCCUCUGUCUCCUCCCAGAUCUGCCAACACCAGCACAACAACCAACACCACAGUCCGCAGCACCAGGGUCGUCUGAGCCUGGACCUGAGCCAGAAGCGUCCAGCAGCAGACUACACAUCGUCCACGUCACGCAGCAGCAGCACCUCCCAUGGUACCAACUCACUACCCUCCAGCGCUCGCCUGGGCCUUGGUUGGUCCAGUAACGUCCAGUACCGGACAGAGAGGAUAAAGAUCCCCUCCACUCCCCGCUACCCACGGUCCAUGCUGGGCUCUGACAGAGGCUCCCUGUCCCAUUCAGAGUGCAGCAGCCCCAGCCUCAUCACUCCACCCCACUCACCUCUCAACCUGGAGACUUCCUCCUUCGCUAGCAGCCAAUCACAGAGCUCUAUCUCCACCCUGCCCAGAUUCUCCGUCAGCCCUGUGCCAAUAGGAGAGCGGAGGAAAGACCGGUCUCUGUACUGUAACAGGUCUUUUCUGAGGAUCCCUCUGGCUGCUAGGCCGAGGUUCUCCUCUCUCAGGAGCCUCAGGCCGUACCUGGAGGAACCUCGGAACGUGAUCGUUCACAAAGGGGCGGAGCCUCUGGGCAUCUCUAUCGUCGGUGGCGAGAACGGCGGCAUCUUCGUCUCCAAGGUGACGGGAGGCAGCAUCGCCCACCAGGCCGGCCUGGAGUACGGUGACCAACUCCUCGAGUAUAACGGUAUUAACCUGCGUAAUGCCACCGAGCAGCAGGCCAGGCUGAUCAUUGGUCAGCAGUGUGACACCAUCACCAUUAUGGCUCAAUACAACCCCCACAUGUACCAGCUGGGAAACCCCUCACGAUCCAGUUCUGGUCUGGAGCCGGUGAGCAGCCAGUUCACGCCCCAGGGCAGUGGAGCCACCACCCCAGACAACCACUCUACUAUAGACACUCUGAGUGAACAGGACGAAGGAACACUCACCCCCUCCUCCAAACAGACCACCCCUACAACCAGUCCUCACAGCUUCAUCAGGGAGUCGUCAGAGGGCAGUCGUAAGGUGUGUGAGCCGCGGGUGGUGACGGUGCUCAGGGCCCAGGGUGCAGAGCUGGGGCUGGGGCUGUGUGGAGGGAACCUCCGGGGGGUCUAUGUAAAGAGUCUGGAGGAGGACAGCCCUGCUAGGGGACCAGAGGGCCUGCAGCCUGGGGACCUCAUACUGGAGUAUGGGUCAGUGAAUAUGAAGAACAAGACGGUGGAGGAGAUGUAUGUAGAGAUGCUGAAGCCGGCCGAGACAGUGACUCUCAGAGUCCAACAACGACCUGACGACUUCAACAUGGUUAAAGACACACCGGGGGACGGCUUCUAUAUCAGAGCACUUUAUGAGCGGACUGCGGAGGCAGAGCUGGACCUGAGUUUUCAGAAGGAUGACAUCCUGUAUGUGGAUGAUACUCUACCAAUGGGCAGCUUCGGGAGCUGGAUGGUCUGGCAGCUGGAUGAGAAAGCACAGCGGAUCCAGAGAGGACAGAUCCCCAGCAAAUACAUGAUGGACCAGGAGUUGUACCGACACAGUAUGACAGAGCUGAAGGAAGACAAGGACAGUAAGAGUCUGUCUGCUGCCGCCAGGAGAUCCUUCUUCAGGAGGAAGCACAAACACAAAUGCAGCGUCUCUAAAGACGGCAAGGAACUGGUGGCCCAGGACGCCAUUAGCACAGACUCCAUACCAUUUCUAGAGGACUGUGUGAGCCUGGCGUACCAGCGGGUCCAGAAGGUAGUGUGUGUUUCCUCUAGGCCGGUCGUGAUCCUCGGCCCUCUCUCAGACCCCGUCAAGGACAUGCUGGUUAAAGAGUCCCCCGGGAAGUUCUGCAGAUGUGUCCUGGAGGUGAUGAAGGCAUCCCAGCAGGCUAUAGAGCGCGGAGUCAAAGACUGCCUCUUCAUCGACUACAAACGCAGGAGUGGCCAUUUUGAUGUGACCACCGUGGCCUCCAUCAAGGAGAUCACAGAGAAGGACUGUCACUGUCUGCUAGACAUCGCCCCCCACGCCAUUGAGAGGCUGCACAGCGUUCACAUCUACCCUAUUGUCAUCUUCAUCCGCUACAAAAACGCCAAGCAGAUCAAGGAACAGAAGGAUCCAGUGUAUCUGCGAGACAAGGUCUCUCAAAAACAUUCCAAGGAGCAGUUUGAGGUUGCACAGAAGAUAGAGCAGGAGUAUAGCACAUUCUUUACAGGUAUUGUCCAGGGCGGCUCUCUGCCCUACAUUUGCACUCAGAUCAUAACUAUAGUUGACCAGGAACAGAGUAAGGUCCUGUGGACUCCCCUUGGCUGCCCCUAGAGGGUGCAGGCCACCACUGCACCCUUCUCCCCUAGAGGGUGCAGGCCACCACUGCACCCUUCUCCCCUAGAGGGUGCAGGCCACCACUGCACCCUUCUCCCCUAGAGGGUGCAGGCCACCACUGCACCCUUCUCCCCUAGAGGGUGCAGGCCACCACUGCACCCUUCUCCCCUAGAGGGUGCAGGCCACCACUGCACCCUUCUCCCCUAGAGGGUGCAGGCCACCACUGCACCCUUCUCCCCUAGAGGGUGCAGGCCACCACUGCACCCUGUUGCACUGCGCUUCUCCACUCACAACAAACAACAAAACCUUCCAUACUAUACCAAUAGGUACACUACAGUAAGCUACUACACAUGUAAGCUAGAUAUUUUUGUUAUUGUUUUUAGGGUGUUGAUUUGUACCUUUUAACCAGAGCCUUUUCUUCUCUGUGUAAUCUAUAGCAGGUUGGUAGAACUGACAGGGUGUUACACUUCAUUUGGUCUUCCCUAAGGGUUUUAAGGUGGUGUUUCUGUAAAGCUGCAUUGUAAGCAGCCUUUUACAGUUAAGAAAUGAGUGUGUAUUGUUGUUAAAUGUUCUGCUGGAAGGUGUUAGACCCCCCUGACCCAGAAUCAGCCCUUAAAUCAAACCUGUGUAUCAAAUGACAUCACCCUGUUUUACACACCCCGUUCAAUGACUGACAACUAAUAAUGUGGAAUAAUAAUAACUGUGUGCGUAUGAAUCGUGUGUACGAGAGAGAGAGUAAUAUUAUUGAUGAAUUGUAAUGACUGUUGGUUGGAUUGAAACAUGGUCUUUGAUAUUGGUAUGAAGUUGACGCCAUAGAAACGUUACCUGUAGAACAGACAAACCUCUCCAAGCGAUAUGUCUUAUCGGUCUUCUGUCAAAAAAUGUUUUAUCCAAAAGGCGAUUUUGAAAGGGUCAAAUCAAACAAUAUUUUACAGCUUUCAAUCAUACCAAACUUCGGUGUGCAUCACGUGUGUAACUGUGUCAAAUUAAAUUGUGUCUAUAGCAAAGCAAAAGCCAUGAAAAUCACACAUGGCAGUAGCAAAUGGUGUCUGGUCUACUCGUUGCGUUUCUAUGGUUACUGCACAUGAGUGGACAGUUUACGGGCUUAUCGGAAGUGCCUUCCGUCGGAGACAGGCCCCCAUUCCUUACCCUUUCCGAUCUGAUGGAACAGAAUCAGUUGAAGCAAUAUGGCGAUAGGACCUCCCCAUUGCCCAUUGGAAGGCUAGCUGGAGCCAUCACCAUGCUGUUCACACCCAUCUGUUACCUUUAGAUCUGCAAACACCAUGACGUUAACACUAGGGUUGCAAAAUUCCCUGUAGUUCCAGAAAUCCCCGUUGGAGGAUUCCUGGAAUCGGGAGGUGAAUAAGCAGGAAAUCCGUAAACCAAGGAUUUUAUUGAAAGUUCACAGAAUUUUUCAACCCAAGUUAACACUAUAGGUCUGCAAACAAACACUAUAGAGCAGGGCUUCCCAAACUCGUCCUGGGGUCCCCCCAGAGCUUGUUUUGGAAUGAGACAGUACAGAGCGUAUGACAAUGGCAAGGUUGUGAGGGUAGGCCAGACAGUGACCACCUCAGAAUACACUCCAGGGCUAGACAGACCACUGUGUCUCCAUCACAUAUCUAUCUGUCACAUAUUUAAAGACAAUAUAGAGUAUAUAUAUAUAUAUGUGUGUGUGUUUGUGUGAGUGUACAUGCCUCACAGGGGCCUAUGGACUGUAACAGUAUGCAGAUGAAUUAUUCUACAGUAUAUGUAUUUCAACUAGUUCUCAGGCCUGUGGAAGUUCAGUAGUCAUGUCUUAGCAGGUAUUUGCAUGUUUUACUGUUUUUGUUUUUGGUUGUCACCUUUUUUAAACGUACUCACAAACCAGAAUGACACCAUGGAGCAAAUUAUAUAUUUUUUCUUAUUCCUUAAUAAAAGCAUUUAAAUGUUAGUGAUAUUUUUUCCCCCAUUGUUAUUUAAUGUAUUUUUGUAUUUUUAUCUAAGAGGCAUAAACACAUUCUCCUGCAUCCUAAUGUGCCAAAAUCCAGUACGUCAGUUUGAUCUUUUUUAUUUCUGUUUUGCACUUGUUAUUCUGUGGACCUUAACAAAUGGUUCCUAGGUUUCCCAGUAGACAUUAUAAAUAAAUAGGUACUAUAUAAUUUUUACUAUCUAAUUCACAUUUUAAAUGUAUCACAUUAGUUCCAUACAUUUCAUUGAUGGCCUUUUUAUUCUUUAAUCAUCUUGAUUAGAAAGCAGACAGACAAUGCUCCUCCAUAUUUGCAUUCUUGCUGAAAAAGGGACUUAAUGCACAGUUUUUCAAAGGAAAAUCAGAUCUGAAGUUUGACUAUUGGGCUGUAUGAUAGGCAUAUUAAGUACAAUUGUAAUGUACCUUUUUUGUAGUAGGUAGAGAUGGUUUAAAAUGAGGGAUGCCAUGUGAAAUGGUUGUAUUUCUAAGAAGAAUGACAAGCUGCCAGGUACUGUUCUGCGGUUUUAUUUUUAUUUUCUUUGAAAAAUGUGAUAUGAACAUUAGAAUAAAAGUCAUUUUCUCUAUCACAAUGA